GCGCAAUGGGCCGGCCGUGGGGGGCGGGAAGCGCUUCGCGGCAGCGGAGCCCAUGUCGGCCCUGAGGCGCUCGGGCUACGGCCCCAGUGACGGCCCUUCUUACGGCCGCUACUAUGGGCCCGGCGGAGGCGAUGUCCCGGUGCACGUCCCUCCGCCCUUGUACCCUCCGCUUCGGCCCGAGCCACCCCAGCCUCCAGUUUCCUGGCGAGGGCGCGGGGGCGCCCCGGCCGAGACCACCUGGCCCGGAGAAGGCGCAGGUGGCGAUGCCUACUACCCCUCGGGAGGCGCCUGGGCAGAGCCGAGUAGAGCUGGAGGCGGACACCAGGAACAGUCACCAUAUCCUGGCUAUAAUUCUAACUACUGGAAUUCUGUGCGACCGAGGGCCCCGUAUCCAAGUGCAUAUCCAGUAAGACCAGAGUUACAAGGCCAGAGUUUGAAUUCUUAUACGAAUGGAGCAUAUGGUUCACCAUACCCUCCUGGUCCUGGACCAAAUACUGCCGCAUACUCUGGGGCUUAUUAUGUACCUGGCUAUACUCAAAGCAGUUACUCUACAGAAGUUCCAAGCACUUACCGAUCCCCUGGUAACAGCCCAACCCCAGUCUCUCGUUGGAUAUAUUCCCAGCAGGACUGUCAGACAGAAGCACCUCCACUCAGGGGUCAGGUUCCAGCAUAUCCUGCUUCACAGAACCCUGCAAUGACCUUGCCCCAUUAUCCCUAUGGAGAUGGUAACCGCACUGUGCCACAGUCAGGAGCAACUGUACGACCACAAGAUGACGCAUGGGCUUCUGGUGCUUAUGGGAUGGGGUCCCGUUACCCCUGGCCUUCAGCUGCACCCUCAGCCCCACCUGGGAAUCUGUACAUGACGGAAAGUGCUUCACCCUGGCCUGGCAACAGUUCUCCUCAGCCACCUCCUUCACCACCACCCCAACAACCUAAGGAUUCCUCCUACUCCUAUGACCAGUCGGGUCCAGGCAUGAACCGGCACAGCUUUCCUUGCAGUGUCCAUCAGUACGAAUCUUCGGGAGCCAUGAACAAUGAUAAUUCAGACCUUUUGGAUUCUCAAGUCCAGUAUAGUGCUGAACCUCAGUUGUAUGGUAAUGCCGCCAGUGACCAUCCCAGCAAUCCUGUUCAGAGUAAUAAUCUCCCUGAAGAGUGUUUCUCUUCAGAUGAAGGCACGCCUCCAAGUAUUAAAAAAAUCAUACAUGUGCUGGAGAAGGUCCAGUAUCUUGAGCAAGAAGUAGAAGAGUUUGUGGGGAAAAAAACAGACAAAGCUUACUGGCUUCUGGAAGAAAUGCUGACAAAGGAACUUUUAGAACUGGAUUCUGUCGAGACUGGGGGCCAGGACUCUGUCCGUCAGGCCAGGAAAGAGGCUGUCUGUAAGAUCCAGGCCAUACUGGAGAAAUUAGAGAAAAAGGGAUUAUGAAAUAAUUUGGAAUGAAGGGUUAACCUGUUACUAAUUUGGCCAAAGAACUCUUGAAUUUGGUUAGUUACCAUCUUUUAAAUGCCUGUUGUGACAAGAAACAUCACAGUCCAGCUUCUGACUUCAAACUGAAGGAAAAGAAAUUGAAAAGCUGACAGAAGAAUGGAAGAACACAUUACAGGAUUCUUUUUGGUUUUCAGAUGACUGAACAUAAUACGAAACUGGAAUUGUCAAUGUUGCCAAGUAGACCUACUCCUUAAGAAAUCCAUGGGCAUCUCUAGGCUGCUUCUUACCAACAGGAGGGAAAUAGACUUUGUGUAACAGGUUAUGAGUGCAUAGUCUGAGACAAGCAGGCUGUUUUGUAAGCAUCCAGACUGUCACAUUUUUGUGCAUUGUGACUGCAUAUACUUCAUGUGUAAAUUAUAGCUUAGACUCUUGGACCUCUCUGUUUUAUUAUCUGCAGUUCGCAAAUGUAAUAUUAUUCUACUUGGUACAUUUUGUAGUAAUAUGUUUAAUAAUCAAAUACUGGCAGCCAGAUAAAUGGGCAGUUCUGAUCGAAUUCAUAUCCUUUCAGCCUUGAAUAUUGCAGUGUGUAGUGGGCUCCUGAAGUCAAUCACUUAUCUCCUUGUGUAGCAUGUUAUGUUAGUGUUCUUCCCACUUCUGCUUUUCACAGUAGUCAGGAAGGUGAUUUUGGAAAUUACAUUAACAUAGAAUCACUAUGUUUGUGAAUAUUUUACUUCUUUGCUUUUUUGUUGUAUUUGGAUAAAGAUCCAGUUUUGAAAUUGUUUUUUUAAGAAAAAUAUCUUUGGCUAUUGCUGCUUCAAUAGAGAGCCUUUUAUGAUAGAAACAUGAAACCUAAAUGCUACAAUUAGUAUAAAUAGCAACUGCAAAAAGCAACAAAUAUGAUUAUUUAAUAAUACUGUUCUCCAUUUAAUAGUUUCUGUUAAACAGAUUUGAGCUCAGUUUAUAGCUGAUAGAAGGCAAAGGAGAUUCAUGCUCAGGGAAUGAGUCAGCCAUAGCUAAAGUAGAAAACUCAUUGUUUUCUUUAAAUUUGGUCUUUAUUUCAUAGAAUAAAUUAUAUAGAAUUACCUGUUUCAUAAGAAAGAUGUUAUUAUUAAUAACAGUCCAUUUGGAACCAAGUUUAAGAAAGGGGCCUUUCUUGUUUUUCCAUAUAUGUUGUUAUUAUACAGAGACAGGUAAAUAAUUUACCUUUUAAAUCUAAGUGAGUCUAGCAUUCAGUAUCUGCUUUUGCAACAAAAGCAGUUUCUUAGUAAGCCUUUAUAUUAGUGAUACUAAACCUAUAGCCAUCCCUUCUACUCACAUGGAACCAAAUCAGUGCCAGUGUGUCGUGAGUAGAAAUGUAGUCGAAAAUGUUGUAUGGAGGCCGGGGACGUGGCUAAGUUCGUAGAGUGUUUGCCUAACAUACAUGAAGUCCAGCGUUAAAUUCCCAGUAUUGCAUAAACAAGGUAUAGUGGUACAUACCUGUCUCAGCACUGGGAGGUGGCGGGAAGAUUACAAGGUUUUUUUUUGUUUGUUUGUUUGUUUUUUUUUUUUUUUUUUUUUUUUGGUUUUUCGAGACAGGGUUUCUCUGUGGUUUUGGAGCCUGUCCUGGAACUAGCUCUUGUAGACCAGGCUGGUCUUGAACUCACAGAGAUCCGCCUGCCUCUGCCUCCCGAGUGCUGGGAUUAAAGGCGUGCGCCACCACCGCCCAGCUGGAAGAUUACAAGUUUAAGAUUAUCCUCAGCUACAUUAUGAAUUCAAGGCCACCCUGAGCCACACAAGAUCAUGUCUCAAAAACUAAAAGGACAAGUGAUUCAAGAUUUGAUGAUACUAUCCAAGAGUCUGUUUUUAAAACAUUUUAUUAGUGUAUAAAUUUGAUUUGCUGGUAUACAUUUUUAAUCAAGACAGAGGCAGGUAGAUCUCUUGAGUUCAAGGUCAACCUGAUCUACAGAGAGUUCCUGACCAGUCAGGGCUCCAUAGUGAGAGAUGCAUGCUACCUACCUAUCUAUCCUACCUACCUAUCCUACCUACCUAUCUACCUGUCCUACCUUCCUAUCUAUCCUAUCUACCUAUCUAUCCUAUCUUCCUACCUAUCCUACCUACCUAUCCUAUCUACCUAUCUAUCCUACCUACCUAUCUAUCCUACCUACCUAUCUAUCCUAUCUUCCUAUCUAUCUAUCCUACCUACCUAUCUAUCCUACCUACCUAUCUAUCCUAUCUUCCUAUCUAUCUAUCCUACCUACCUAUCUAUCCUACCUACCUAUCUAUCCUAUCUUCCUAUCUAUCUAUCCUACCUACCUAUCUAUCCUACCUACCUACCUAUCUAUCCUAUCUACCUAUCUAUCCUACCUACCUAUCUACCUAUCCUACCUACCUAUCUAUCCUACCUACCUACCUAUCUAUCCUAUCUACCUAUCUAUCCUACCUACCUCUCUACCUGUCCUACCAACCUAUCUAUCCUAUCUACCUAUCUAUCCUACCUACCUCUCUACCUGUCCUACCAACCUAUCUAUCCUACCUACCUAUCUAUCCUACCUACCUAUCUACCUAUCCUACCUACCUAUCUAUCCUAUCUACCUAUCUAUCCUACCUACCUCUCUACCUGUCCUACCAACCUAUCUACGUAUCCUACCUCCCUAGCCGGUUGACCUUAAACUUUGUAUGUAGCCUGGGACAACCUAGAAGUCCUGAUGCUCCUGCGUCACCUUCCAUUACAGGUGUGUGCCUGGCUUCUGUGCUGCUGAGGAUCAAAGUCAGGGCUAUAUGUAUACUAGGCAAGCACUGUACUGAUCUUGAGCUAUAGCCCUGAUUCUCUUCCUUUUGGCCUAAUUAGAAAUGUUUUUAAAGGGUUUCUAAGCUGGACAUGGUGGCACGUGCCUGUAACCCCAACAUUCUGAGGCAGGUCUGUGGAUCUCUGAUUCUGAGACCAUCUUGGUCCACACAGUGAGUGCCAGGCUAGCCAGUAGUGAGGCCUAGCCACCCCUCAAACGUUUUCUAUAAAAAUAUGACAAUUACAUUUAAAAAUUUAAGAGGAGAAACCUUAAAGCUGUGUUGCCAACGAGACAGUGACUGAUUCAGAACAUAUUACACGGCCCAAGAUGCCAAUUUCUGCACAUCCUUCAUUUUUACAUAUUGUACACGUUAUACACAAAUGUACAUACAUGUGUAUAUAUCUUAAGUUAUUUUUUGAACUAGUAACAUGAUUUUAAACUUUCAGAAGAGUUGUAAACAUAGCAGUGCUCCCGCGUGCCCUCCAUCUGCCUUUCCCUUGUUUUGACAUCUUACCUAACUAAAGCAUUUGUCGAAAUUAAGAGUUCAUCUUUUAUAGUGCUAUUAAUAUUCGCUACAAUAGCAAGCUAAAAGUAGAUAUUUUAUUAAUCUUUUUAUUAGCAUCCUUUUAACCGUUCUGGAUCCCAUCUCGCAUCUAGUUGUCUCAGUUGUCUUCACUCCGUGGCGCUGUACCAUAAGGAUAGCUGGUGUCGUCGUGUGUUUCCAGUGCGCUUCCCUUUGAGCACUCUGAUGAGGUGGUGUCUCUAGGAUGCUCCACUGUAAGCUUACCCUGCUUUCCUUUGUAAUUACUGAGUAUUUGCUAGAGAUACUUUGAGACUAUGCAAAUGUCCUGUUUCUGCUUAGAGUUUGCCUCUUCUACUAUCUCCUGGCAGAUCUUGCUUGUGGCAUUUACUACUGUGGCGUUCAAAUGGUGAUUUUUCUAUUUGUUUCGUUUCUUCUCUAUUUAAUAAUUGGAAUUCUUCUGGAAGGAAGAACUGUGGAUUCUGGAUUUAUAUUUUUAAUUAUAUCAAGAUAUUCAGGAUAGGUACAAACUCAAAACUUAAAGAUAUAAAUCGUGUUAAUUGAUUCCAAAUGGCCAGUAUCAAAGAAAAAAAGCAAUGUUGGUGACUUGUCUUUGGAAAUAUAAUGAAUUCAAGAUGAAAAUAGUAUUUAUGAUUUGUAAAAUUUAUCUGACUUUUGACUUAAAAUUGAUUUGAAACUGAAACAAUUUUCUUUUGAAAUUUUACAUCUAGACUUUUUUAAGGUGUCUAAAUUUAUAUUACUUUGGGGGUCAUUUUUGUCAAAUCUUGAAUAAAGUUACCUACACCUGGCAUGAUAAACACACUGUUUUCUAACCCUUUGUUUGGGUAAAAUCCCAA